AUGUCCAACCCGGACACUCAGUCGCAACAGCAUACGCAGAGUAGUUUGAGCUCACCCGCCAUCGGAGCGCGAGAAUGGUCUAUCAUCGAUGCCGAGACCUGGGAUAAGAUACGAACGCAAACGAAAACAAGUACAGGUGAACCUGCCGCUACUGAACCCUCUCCGUCAGCACCGGAUACUGCACGUUCAUCGUCUAAUCCUCACGGCCUCAGUCACGCGCCGGUUCCGGGCUCUGCUCUGACCAAGACCCAGGAUACAGAGGCCGAUCCCGACCAUGGUCUUGUUACUGCCCGAUUUCGUCAUGUAGUGACCGAUGGUGGUCAUAUAGUCAUCACUGGAAGAGCCAAUGACUCGUAUCAAGCAUGCGAAGACGAACCGGUCCGCAUCCCUGGUGCGGUGCAGAGUUUUGGGUGUUUGAUUGUGCUGCGGGAGGAAAUUGACGGGAAGUUGGCAGUCCAUGUAGCCAGCGAGAACUCCGAGGUCAUCCUUGGGUAUUCACCCAAGUGUCUCUGUGCAUUACCAAACUUCUGUGACAUUUUGGAUGAAGAUCAGACAGAAAAUCUAUUGGAUCAUCUUGAUUUCGUCCGCGAUGAUGGAUACGACCCUUCCGUCGAUGGCCCCGAGGUUUUCCUUUUGUCUGUGAAACUGCCUUCUGGUAAACCUCGGCGAUUCUGGUGCGCCGCCCAUCUCAGCCCAGCCGACUCAAAGUUGGUCAUCUGCGAGUUUAAAUUAGAGGAAGACCAAAUCAAUCCCUUGAGUGUUUCUGGUCUGAUCACCCCGGUGACACCGACCGAUACUCUUGGAGUCGAACCGACGCCAGAGCAACUCGAGCACAGCACUGUUAAUAUGAGUCAACCCCUGCGAGUGCUACAAAACGCGCGUCGGAGACGAGGCGAGGCCGCUGCAAUGGAAGUGUUUAGCAUUUUGUCUCAGAUCCAAGAUCAAUUGGGUCGUGCCAAGUCGUUGGAUUCCUUGUUAAACACGGCCACUGGUUUGGUGAAAGAAUUGACUGGUUUCCACCGUGUGCUGAUCUAUCAGUUCGAUACCGACUGGAACGAAACUGUUGUUGCUGAACUGGUUGAUCCCAAAGCGAGCGUCGAGUUGUACAAAGGACUCUGCUUUCCAGCCUCUGAUAUCCCGAAGCAAGCGCGCGACUUGUAUCGAAUCAACAAAGUCCGAUUGCUGUAUGAUCGCGAUCAGGUCACGUCGCGCUUGGUCUGCCGGACUCUGGAGGACUUGCAAACUCCUGUAGACAUGACGCAUUCCUACCUGCGUGCAAUGUCGCCCAUCCACCUCAAAUAUCUGGCAAAUAUGGGCGUGCGUGCUUCUAUGUCAAUCAGCAUCAGCGGCUUCAACGAGCUGUGGGGUCUCAUCUCAUGUCACACCUAUGGGACUCACGGCAUGCGAGUCUCCUUUCUGGUUUGA